AUGGACUUAAAUUAAAAUAUUAAAAUUUCUACACCAAAAGAAUUAGAUAAUAUUAUGUAAUAGUAGCAGUAGUUUUUGUGUAAAUUACAUAAAAAGUAAAAUUUAUUCAAAUGUUCAUGUGAGUAAAAUUUUAUUUGUACAACUUGCUUUGACUCAGGAAAGCAUAUAAAUCAUAAAGAUGAAGAAAAAGGUGAGCAAGGUUAAGUUUUUGAAGUAAAAGGAGAUUUGUUGAAUUUUUAGGCUGAUAUAAUUGUAUAAUAGUGUAAUUGUAUUACUACAAAUGAAAAAGGGCUUUCUUAAUCUAUAUUAAAAAAAUUUGGGGUAAGUGCUUAUGAGACAAGAGUGAAAGGUAAAGGAAAUAUUGCUGAUGUAAGCUCAAUAGAUAUUCCAGGUACAUGCUUAUUUUAAAAACCUAAGAUAAAAAACAAAAAUUGCUAAAUCCAAUAUAUCGCAAAUCUCUUUAGCCAAUUUACGCCAGGAAAGAAUGGAUUUAAAUACUAAAAUACACUAUGUCAAUAAAUAUAGGAUCCAUUAACAAACAAACCUAUUGUUGAUAAUUUCUCAAGUAGAGAAAAAUGGUUUGAAGUGUGCUUAUAAUAAUUGGCAGAUUUUGCUAAGGAAAAGCAAUUAUUCAAGAUAGCAUUUCCCUAUAAAAUUGGAUGUGGCCUCGCAGGAGGUAAAUGGGAAAACUACAAAAAAAUGAUAUAAGAAUUUUCAGAGAAUAAUAUAGAUUUAAAAAUAUACAUCGUCUAACUUGAAGAAUGA